CAGUGAUUUAGCAAAAGAAAGACCUGGUGUCACGGAAGCCAGCUCAAGCCCUAGAGAAAGUGGGGAGUCUGUUGUAGUGUCAACAGCUAGUCUUAGUGGACAAAUAACAGGUGAUAAGAAACAAAUUAAGUGUAUUGGUGAAAAUGUCCAAUUAAAUACACAGUCUGUGCAACAGCAUUCUCAUCCUCAGCAGAGCCAUCAUCCUCACACACAGCAGCAUCAGUUGCAUAGUCAACCAACCCAACAUGCUAAAACUCAUUACUAUAUGCAGCCCAACCUUGUCCAACACCCACCCAUUUCACCCCAGCAGCCACAACAACCCCGACAGACGCCCCUCCAGCACCCAAACCAGAGUCAGAUCUACCCCCAGCCCAAUCAUCCCCAGCAGACAACUCAUCAGAAACCAUGCAGUCAAUUGCAAACUAAUCCAAUCCAACCCCUUGCCAAACCAUCCCCAUCGCCAUCUCAGAUUUCCCAAAAUAUGCCUCAGCCCCAGCAGUCCCAACUUGUCAAACCAGUCCCUACCCAACAACAACAGAAUCCGCAGCAGCCACAAGUGCUGUUGCCGCACACAAAGACCUCACAGAGCCCACUUCCUCAGCCAUUACCACAGCCCCAGAUGAGUCCUCAGCCCCAGCCAAGCAUACAUACUCAGAGCUCACAUUCACAGCAGGUCUUAUCAACUCAGCAUAACUCGGUCUCUCAGCAGAAUCUGCAUCGUCCUCAGAGUUCACACACCCUGCCAGGGACAUAUCCCACUCCAAGUUCUUUAGCUUCCCAGAACACCAAUGCUAAUAGUGUGGCUGUGCGAGAAACUAGUGAAGAGAAGCAAAUAGUCAGUGGCAAAUCUCAAGGCAAACAGACCAAGAACGGGUCCGUGGGGCCCACUGUUCAGUCGGGUGAUACUAGUCGUUUCAAGAAAUUGAACCUGCAGUUGUGUUUACUGACAAUGCCAAAUUCAACCACAGUGUUAGUGGACUAGAGUUUGGCUUUGGAUUCGAUGAGUCCAUAGUAACAACAAGUGAUAAUAAUGGAAGUGGGAAUGAAAGUGUAGUGUUAGAUAAUGAAGACAAUAAGUGUAAUAAUAACAAUAAUAACAUAUUAAAGAACAAUCAUACAGUGACAAAAGACUUCAGUAAGUGCUUCAAGGCUCCCAAGAACGACAAGAUCAGCUACAACUACGAGGAGCUCAUUAGACAUGUAUCCAAAGCCUGGGAGGUGACGUUACGACUGAUGGAGGAAGACCCCAAGAACAUCCAAUACUGGAGAGCAGCCAGCACGGAGGAAUCGUAAUCUCCAGUCGGCAGGAGAUGUGUGCCUUGGAGAGGGAAAACUGCCAGGGCCUGGAGAGGUCCUUCUGCAACGGGAAGAGGCCUUUUCAGUCAGGACAAUGGUCUGAUGCCUUCAACAUGACCUUUGUUGCCUAUGCUAUAGCCCCAAGUGAACUCUGAGGAUCAGACGUGUGGAAGGGCAUUUCCAGAGUGUGUACAUGUUCCAGUUGUGAAUUUUGGAAGUUGCUUGGGGGAAGAACAGUGAAUUCCCCUGACUAUUGUUUGUGGCAGUGGUUAUGUACAUGCAUAUGUAGGUGUAUGUGUGUAUCUAUAUGUAUA